CUCUGGGAGCUAUCAUGGCGGACGCGUAGAGGAUUUUCGUGGAAAGAUUGUGCCUUUGUGGCCAAUUGGUUACGAGGAAAGGGCUUAAACAAGCUUCGUGCUAUAUUUGAAGGUAUUUGCAUUUUAAUAUUUUUAACAUUGGAUUCAGGCUUUGAAUGUAUGAUUGUAUUAAGUUGUGCUUACAAUUCCUAUAUCCUGACCUACUGUAAACUGGCGAUUCAAUUCAACAAUAAAAGGCUCAAUUACCGAGGUCAAUUACAGUGGAAUGGUCAUGAAUAUCGCAUGUAUGGAAUGUAGUAAUCUUAGUAGCUGGGAUUUUUUUAUAGAACGCUUUGUAUGUUGCAUGCAACACAAAGAAAAGCUGAGCAUUCAGUGACCUUGUAGCAGCGAUUUCCGCCGCAAUGCACGAGAGUUUUGUCCCCGAGGUGGGGGCAUUUGAUCACCAGAAUGGACCCCAGUGUGGGGCAUUUGAAGGGCAUUUUGGCUCAGGUAGGGGGGAAUUUGAACAAUAAUUUUGAAAAAAGUCAAAUGCCCGGAGGGGUUGCCCUGGGGGGGGGGGGAGUUGGGGGGGGGGGGGAUGUUGAAGCUUCGAUUUGACCGAUACAUAAGUGCGAACCCCAGCUGAGAUUCAUAGUGUGCGCUUCUGAAAUUUCCCACAGUCGUGCUGGAGCCACUGAAUUCACAAAAACACGCAAAAUACCACGAGAUUCAGUAGAAAUCUUAUCAAAUACAUGUCUGUACAACAUAUCUCAGCUAUUGGGGCUAUUUACUUGCCAUAAACUUGCAAAUUUAUCUUGAAACUUCGUCACUGAAAUGUGUAAACAACGUCGCGAAACUAUCAAGCAUAGAUUAUGUUGUGAAAAACUGGGCACUAGCCAGCUCCUAAAGACUUUGCCAUUGGUUCAUUUCUGGAGCGUAUUGUUGUUGAAAGAGCAAAUGAUGUCCUCUUCUAGAAAAAUGUUAAAAACGCUGUUCUCACUUUCAGCGAAGUUUGCCCUGAAAAUUCCUGCGAAAUCGGCUGAUUUUUCCGCGAAUUUGCCCCUAAAAAUCCCAUGAAAAUUAAUUUGACUUUUUUUCCGCGACAUAUCAGAAGCCCUGCAUAGUAUGGCGCGAUCGAUCAGAUUUGCAAAUAUGGAUAGAAGUCGGUAUAAAUUUGGAGGUAAACUGACUUUGUUUAUGCGAUUUGGCACAUUUUUUAUGAUGAAAGCUAAGCAAGAUAAGAUGAAAUGUUCAUUUUAACUUUACUCUUUUAAUUUAAAUCUAAAUCAUAGAGAAAUCUGGUAACCACUUUGGCAACUAAACCAGAAUUUUUAGUUGCCAAGGAGAAAAUGUUAGUCGCAUUGGCGACCGUAUUAGUGUAAUUUCGAGCCCUGUAUCAACCACUUGUUUCAGCGGCCGAUCGUGGGGAAAGAACGCAUGAUGAAGCCCUAAGAACUUCUGCAUGUGCAGCUAGGAGGGUGGUAGAACAAGAUUUUUAUAGGAAUUGUCUACUCAAAGUUACUCAUUUUUGUGUGUUUUUCUCUGGCCUGUUUGACUGAAUGUAAUAAUUGUUUAACUUCCCUCUGUGCAAGUUAGGUGUCAGAGUUGCUAUUCUAGGGCUAUAGCUAAUAACAUCACAGCUUAACUGACAGAUGACCAAUAACACCACAACUUGAUUGACCAAUCAGAUAAAUAGCCAGAGUUUAUGACCAAUCAACAGGCGUGAUACAACUCACUUUGACUCUGAAAAUGUAUACCACGCAGGUUGUUGAAACAUCAGUCACUGUCAACAACAGUCCUAUUCAGGAUUAUGCUCACCUGGACAGUCAUACUUCACUUACUUAUGAAAUGACUCCUGGGUUCAAACCUUUCACAUUUUCAGGGGCCUGUUUGCACAUAGGCAGUUAGAGAAAGAUGAGGUGUGAAUUUAAUGUAAAUAAAUACAGUUGUGAGUUAUGUAAUUUACACUACAUGGCAUGUACUGAAAUAAAGUUGACUUAUCUGUUCUCAGCUUUUUGAAGACUAUCACAUUUUUAAAAGGACAGAAGUAGAACAAACACCAGAAAAGACAGCUGAGUCUGUGGAUAUUGACAGAAUAUUAGAUGGGGAACCCAAGGUAAAGUCCAACAUGUGCGGUAAUAACAACAAGUAACUUUGGUUCCGUUCCUUUAUAAUGUCUGCUUCGGGAGACAUUGAUUGUUGAACCAUCACCCAAUAUCAAUACCAAUGCCCCCCUCCCUUACCCCUGAUAAACACAAAACGACCCAUUUCCCAAAUUAUAAACAUGCCUUCAUACCUGGGGUGGGGGCACCCCCUUAUUUAGCCUAGGCAGGUAUGUGCUGCUGAACAGAUGAUAUUUUUCAUACAUGUCAGUUGGUGAGGAAUACUUGUCAUAUUUAUAAGGUAAUGUAGCUGAACUGUCAGGAUUUAGAGUGUGGCAUACCAUGGCACCCACUUUUUUUUAGUACAUUUAAUGAUCUUCACUUACAAUUUUUCAGAUUGGGUGGUUUAUGCAACAGAAAGAGAAAAGUUAUCAACUUUUGUCUCCAAGAUUUAAUGAUCCUUUGUUUGAGGAACAAUGGUACCUUGUAAGUUACUCACUUUUCUGUUUAUUUUCAGCUGUUGUAAAGAAAAUAAGAUAUUGUAUAUUGAUUUAAAAUUUCUCAAAUUAACCAUCGUCUGGCUAACAAAACUGAAGCUGACGGUUCACUUGUUUUACCUCGUUCCCCCCCCCCACCCCUUCCCCAGUGGUUCAUUUUACAGGUAUUAUGGGUACUUCAAGCUACAUGUAAAGUGAAAGAAGUUGAGACAAGGAUUCAAGGUUACAGCUGGGGAUUGAGCGCGGGAUCCUAGCUAGUCUACAGAUCCUCCCUCUGCUCAGAAAAAAUCGGAGAAGGGGCAUCUGUGAUUCACCAUCGUUAAUCGUGUAUGGGAAUAAUUUUACAUAAAUUGAAAAAAAUAGUUUCUGCCAACCACAAUUUGCGUAGCUUGUGUUUCAUUUCAUACCAGCUCUCAAAAUGCUGGUGCAUGCGACUUAUUUCCAUCCAGCAAUUGAGAGAGUGAGAUUUUUUAAAAUAGGUUUACUCUAUACUGAGCAAGAAAAAUGCUCUUACAAGCCCUACUUAUUGAAGCCUUCACACUGGAUACGGAAAGUCAUUAGUUUGAAAUAGUGUUGACAUGUUAGAGGUGACUCAUAAGCUCGUCAUAGUGUUAAACAUGACUAUAUCGCGUUUGCUUGAGCAACACACAUUUUUUUCCUUUUCUUUAUAGCACCUAGCCUGUUCCAGACAUUCAGAAAGUAUAGCGCUGUGUUCAGAUAAUGGGGAGCCAGAAAGUUAUGCAGAGGAAACGAGGGGAAAAAAACAAAUCCCGUUUUUUUUUCCUCAUCAAUUUGUCGACCGCGCUCUACGAUCUGAAUGCCUGGAACAGGCUAUAUAGCACCUACAUUAUUCAUCCCAGUGUAUGGAAUACCAUAAACUUUGACUGAACAAAUCUUAUUUUUUCCUUUGAUUCUUACAUUUACAGGCCAUGAAGCUGGUAUGUCUCAUGCAUAUUGAGUUAUUAUUUCCUGUGGUUUUAUGUCUCUGUAGGUGUUUGUGUCAGGAUUUGAUCUUGCAGGGGUGCCUUUUAGCUCCGGUUUUUCUUUGACCACUUUGAAGCCUAAAGCUUUUUAGUGCAGCUAAAAAACCUUUCCUUAAAGAUUUAAGUUUCUUUUCUUUUCUCCAAAAUCCCUGGAUCUAAAUAACUACAUGCGUGUAGUUGUCCGUGAAUGUGAUAAAUUUCCGAUUGCCUGCUAUGUUUUGAUGGCAGGCCCUAAAGCCAAUCAAAAUCUUUCAUUUACAUGCUGAAGUGAUCUACAAGUAACAGCCAAUCAAAUUAUUUUCCACACAUUCUGGGAAAAAUAAUGUGGCCUCCAUACACGAUUAGCAACAGUGAAUCACAGACUUCCUUUGCUUGUUCGAUUUUUUCUGAGGGGAUGGGAGGGGGGUCUGUGCACAGGCUAGGGAUCACUAGCAAAGAAGAAAGUGAAGUAACCAACUCAGUGCAAAUAUAUACUUGCUCCUCAAAAAUCUCAGCAGAAACCCAUCCCAUUUCUUUGAAAAGCACUUUUGACUUGGAAGUCUCCAGGCUUAUAGUCUCCCUUGCAGCCGUUUUUUGGAUGUCACGCAAUGCUCCCCCAAAAGAGCAGGAGAGGCAGCAUUGCGUGACAUCCAAAAAACAACUGCGAGGGAGACUACCAGGCUUAAUGAUGCUUUUCAAUUGCCAGUUGGAGUGCACAAGAAAAAGGCCAAAAAGGAAAAGGGAAAGAAAGGAAACAAAAUGGAUUGAAGUAACAGGUGCAUGGGAAAAUCUGGUGAUUUUAGAGCAACUUUCUAUUUCUAGCAAAAUUGUCACUUUAUACGCUCUUUUUGCCCUGGGCCCUUCAUUUAUAGUUUACAUAUGUAAGCAAAAAUUGUUCAAGCAAAGUGAAUAGGCUUUGGAAUUGAACAGCUCAAAAUCAGCUAUUAUUUUUUCUCAAAGGCAUGAUUUUUUCGCUUUUGUAGACAAGACCAAAGAAUCCUACUUUCAACAUCACUUCUGUCUGGCCAGCAUACACAGGAAGAGGAAUUUUGGUGGCAGUAGUUGAUGAUGGAGUUGAUGGAAAUCAUCCUGAACUUUCUUCAAACUAUGUAAUGAUUUCAAUAUUAUUUUUAUCUUUACUCUAGUUGAGAAAGUUCAUAGUAACUAUUCUAUGUCAUCAUUAAAAUUGAUGAUUGAUCACUUCACAGUAGGUACACAGGACAUGUUCCCUGCCCAUAGGGUGAUCCCUAUACUGGCCUAUACAGUGGGGCUUCGCCUGAAAGGGGUUUCUUUUUUAGGCCUCAUGUAUAUGAAAGGGUAGGGAUUUCACUAGUUGAAGUAUACACGCAUAAAAGGGUAGGGAAAUUUGUCAUUUUGGUGUGUAAAUAGCCCCUUAGAUGCAUUUUGUAGCUGUGAAAAAGUCAACAAAAGUAGUCGAAGGUGAGAAUGGAUUAAACCAGUGAUAAAAAUAAUUGAACCACAACUGAACUUAUACGUACACAACAAAACAUAUUUUUGUUUGUUUGUGUGUGUGUACAUGUGUUUAUGUUUUGUUUUUACACUGUAUAGUAAACACCUGCAUUUAUAUAAGAACACAUGAUUUCAGGGUUCAGGCUGACCUAGUUCUUAUUUAUCGGGUGCUUAGUGAGAAAUCAGCCUGAAGAUGUUCUUAAUAUGUUCUUAAACUUUGUUUCACAAAUACAACACAUAAUAUGUUACCAGGGAUUUAGUUAGCAUAUUUUAUUAUAAAUAAAUAAACAAGUAGGUAAACAAAAAUCCUAAAGACACCCCAGCUGUUAAAGUUUUUUAAUAUUGGCCAGCAGUAACCAUAGUUACAUUGCUUUUUUAUUCCAACACCCCCUCCCUUAUGAUAUAAGAACAUGUUUUAUUUAUCAGGCUGGACUGGUUCUUCUAUAAUUAUUAUGGUGCUUUCUGGGCAAAAUUUCAGCCUGAUGUUCUUAAUCCAUUUAUUCUUACUAUGUGGGUGUUUACUGUACUUCAUAUGCAAACUGCUACGCACAGAUUCCAUGUUGAAGGACUUGAAGUAUAUACGAAGAAUUACUAUGGGGCUGUCAUCUAGGCCUGGAGGCUGGGAUUUCCCUGGGCUAUUGAAAAUUUGAAGCCUGGCUUGAAAAGCAAUACACCGACCUUAUCAGGAAAGUUGAAAUCUCAGGGUUCUUUCUAAUUUAUUCCCCUGCCCUCUUCAAAAUAGUGAGAGCCAAGAUCGACCUAUCAGAUUUUGUUUUUAUAUGCCGCUGCAAUUUAUAGCAAGAAAAUAAAUCACGUUUUGAUUGAUUUCUUCAGUCACUCUCUCUCUCUAUACAUAAAAUCAUUCGUUCAUUUAGAAUGUUUGAUGGAAUAUUUAAGUUUUAUUGUGUAUAAACUUAUGGCACUAUUUAUACUUUUUCUUUUCAAGAAUUCUACAGUAAGUCGUGAUUAUGUGGACAAUGAUCCAAUACCAGUUCCAAAGCAUGGUACAGUUUCAGGGUAUGUCUGCAUUUAUAUGGCUGUUUUAUCUUAAAAGUCGAAUGUCAAAUGCUCUACAUUAUGUAUUCUUUUGUAGACAAAGGGGUGCUUUUAAGGGUUUGAAACCCUCUGAUUAGCAAGAACAAAAAACCUAUCUUAAAGCGUUCAGUCAAGCUUGCUUAGAGGUUAGAUAAGAAAUGAGGAGGUGAUUAAUUUAUAAGGAGCCUGUUUGGGGUUAAUUUAUAAACCAAUAGAAAACGUUUUUCCUGUAAUUGCAUAGCCUCAGAUAAAAACACUCAAGGGCUUGGGAGAAUUCUCGACAGAUUCAAAGAAUUACUUUGUUUUGUGCGGCCGUGAGAGAUUUAAAAUGUACGUUGUAGAAAAUUAAUGAAAAAAUUUUUUUUUUCUACUCGUAGGGCCCGUUUCUCGAAAGUUCCGGGCCCAAAUCAAAUAUAGUAAAAGUGCGCGGAUCCUAGCUUACAAGCAAUUUUAUUUUGUUUUGUUAACCAACAGUUUUAUUCUGUUAUCCGAAAAACUAUUGAAACAUUUAUCUGGAAUAAUAACAACGACUUUCCGGGCCCGUUAAUUACGGAGACUUUUGAGAAACGGGCCUGAGACUGUGUUCAAAAAUGUCGGUUUUCGAUCUCGGCGUUCAUGGAAGCCGUAAACGCACACGUCUGUGUACGUUUACUCGGAUUCGUGUGAAGCUAAUUUCUUCUGAAUUUUCCCUAGACAUGGUAACAACUGUGCUGGAGUUAUAGCCGGAGUGGCUAAUAACAGUUUGUGUGGUGUGGGAAUUGCAUACAACGCCCAAAUUGCAGGUAAUUGUAGGUUAAUGUGAUUGCCUUCUUCAAUGACAGUUUCACCAAAGACCUCUAAGAGCUUUAAUGUACACUGACACAGUACAGGAGGGUAUGAGUAUUUGUUAGAAGAAUCUUUUUUUUUUGUCAAGAAAGAUAUCUUACGUUUGGGAAAGUCAGAGAACACAGUCUACUCUUAGUCGUUCCAAACAUAGGCACGUGUAACGUGCAUGCGCUAUUUUGGAUGCUUCGCUAUAACUGUAACAGGAAUUGUCCCUUUGAACCCUAAUUUUAGACAGGUUCAUUGCUGCCGCGCGAGCGAGCCUGAAGCGAGCGAGCAAUAUGAUAAGGUAUUGUUGCUCUUUUAAUACACGAUAGAGUGGUUUUCGUUUGAGUGUCGUAAAAUCAAAACCAAAGUAAUUACUCUGGCCAAUCACAUAGGACACAGACAAUACAUUGAACCAAUCAAAACUCAAAGUAAUUACAUGUGGCUGACGCAAAGCGCGGGAAAAUGCAUGCCAGCGCGUCACAAUUGGCUUUGGUUUUACUUCUGAUUGGAUGAAAAGGUGGCGCGAAUCUUUUAAGCCAAUCGCAUCGUGUAGAAAGUGCAAAACCAGAUACUUUUCGACACUCAAAUGAAAACCGCUCUAUAACGAUAUUCAACUAGUAAUAGUUGACACUACAGCUGCCCCCGUUCUGUAUAUUGUCGGUCAAUAGUAUUCUUGCUCGUUGUGUAGCUCUUUGAAAUACAACGAGGAAGGUUUUCACACAUAUUCCAUACAAUAGGUGAGAUAAAUACAGGAAACGCAAGGUUCCAUGCACAGUUUCAGCUCGAUUUACACAGCUUUGAUCAAAACAUUCUCAGUUUCGAGAAUAUUUUAUUCUAAACCAUAAGAAAAGAUUUAAUUAGAAGUUGAAUUUUUCGCUUUUACUGUUUCCCUUUUUACAUUCAGUUUAUUUUAUUUGUCGGAAAGUAAGCCUUAGAAAUUAAAAGGACGUUCGAUUGAUUCACGCUCGCGCAUUCUAGUCUUAUUUGAAACUUUAUAACGGAAGGACAUCUGUGAGCAGGGAAUAAGUCAGCACAGAAUUUGAUUAUCGGCGAAUUUCUGUGAUCGUCCAUCGUUCUGCUAGUGAUAAGCUAGCCGUUGUUCACUCGUCUUGCUUGUUUGGGGCUGAGUCUUAUUCCGGUCAAAGAGAGAGAAAGAGUGUGUGGCAAGGUUUCCAAUAUAUAUCAAAGUUUGUGAUUUGUUUGGCAAACUCCCCAAGUGUUAUUAUAUGCACAGUUAAACGCACCUUAUAACCUCAUCUGCGCUUAACGAGUGUCUUUUGGUCCAUAACUUUCAAAACAACUGCUCCACAGAAUGUCGCUGCGUAACACAAAAGAGUAUCGAAGUAUGACUGCACAAAAAAUGUCACAAAAUCUACCUGAGCGGUCCCAUCGGGAUUUUCUGUCUUUACGUCAUCCUAACCAUUUCGUACUUGCGGGCGCAAACAAUAGAAACGUCAUCAUUACCUACCGAUUCCUCGCGGCCCCUGUUCAAGCAAAUCGAGAUUUUUUCUAUCAUAUUGACUUUAUGACUGUAUAUUUCAACUGUAAGUACUUUCCUUAAUAUAAGCGCGAGCUACUAGAGUGCCCUGCGGGGGCAAAAAAAGAAAAAUAACAGUAGAUUCACCUAGCAUUCCAACAACUUUGGGUAGGUGCGUGCCGCCCAUGGUCUUAAGCCCAGACCCUAUUUAAGAAUGAGAAAAACGAAAAUUUACACCCUAUUCAAGGGAGAAACAAAACUAAGAAAUUAAUGGUAACACACAGUUCAGUUUCAAAAGAUACUUUGGGCGUUAAUGCACCUAAAUUUUGGCUGAGAUAAUAACGGUACCGUAUGUAAGGAUCACACCAGAACACGACGCUAACAAGGGCAAAAACGAUACCCUAUUAAGGGUGGAGGACAUGCCUAUCUAUUUCAUAUAUGGGAGUACCACCCCCCCCCUGGGGGAGCAUUACAAGACAAGACAAGACAAGACAAUGCUUUAUUUGGAGUCUUAUACAGUCCUAUGUACAUCGACUUUAUCCGAAUAAUUUAAAAUCAUAACACAAAUUGCACACUAGUGGAACUAUAAUCAAUGUUAACCUAAAGAACUAAUGAUCUUCUUUUCUCAUAGCAAUCGAAAACGUAUUUUGCAAUUAACUUUUGCACUGGUUUGUUCUUGCUCGGAGGGUUUAUUAACAACAGAAAAACAUCAUCUGGUGCCAUUCUGUUUACUGAUAUUCUGUAUUUUUUGUUUAAGUAUUCAAAUAAAGUACUUCCUUUUUCUUGAUACGCUGGGCACAGAGUUAAAAAGUGUAUUUCAUCUUCUACGUUUUUUUUACAGAUAGGACAGAUCCUCUCUUCCGGUUUCUUAUAACGACUUACAUACCGACCUGUCUCUAUCGCCAAUUUGUGAUUACUUAGACGGAGUUUAGUUAGAGUUAUCCGGUGCCGGAUGUUGGUUACUUGACGGAGAUAAUCUUCAGAUUUAUAAUUUUCUAUUGUUUUAAAUUUUCGGAAGGUUCUUAGUUUGUUCUUUUGGUUGGCGUCUUUUCUUACGUCAUUGUUUACGUCACUUAACCAUCUUUGUAAUUCGAUGUCUUUCAGUCUUUGUUUGAUAAUGUUCAAGAUUCCUAUGUCAUUUUCAUGUGCUUUUGUCCAGAGGUAUCCCAGCCCUAUUUGGUCUAAUACGCGUUUGAUUUUUUGGCUCCAUAAUUCCUUAUUCAUCCUCCACUUCAUAUCAUUAUAAACCACCUGUGAUAAUUUGUGUUUUGGGUGUUUGGUUAGAGUUAUCCAAAACUUAAAAUUCCUAUAUUGUGCUUCGAUUUUUAUUGGGAAUCUUCCUGUUUCAGCCCUACAUGCAUUGUUGUGUAUUUACAGUAUUUAUUUACACCUAGCAACCAUUUCAAGAAUUUAAUUUGAACUUUUUCUUUUUCUUUUUCUAUUUGGCCGUUACAGUCAACACCCCAAAUUUCACUUCCGUAGAGAAGUAUGGGGGAUAUCAGAGCAUCGAAUCGCUUAAUUGUCAGCAUAAUAUUUUCUCUAAAGUUGUCACCCAUCUCUUUUCUUAAUUUAUAAGGUGCCUUAAGCCCAACCUUUUUUAACUCUUUUCUAGCUAACCUAAAAUUUCCAUACGUGUUCAGUGUCAUUCCCAGAUAUUUAUAAGAUUUAACAUUGUUUAGUUUAUUUACUCCAUACUUAAAAGAGUAGUUAUUUAAGGAGUUACCACAAUUAUUGAAGAUCAUGACUUUUAUUUUGUCUAGAUUUACAGAUAGUUCAGUUUUCUCACGGUAGGAUUCUAACUUGUUGAGGAGUGUUUGCAGUCCAUUUGCUGACCGCGAAAAGAUCACUAAGUCAUCCGCAUAUAAUAAACAGUUUUUAGGUCUUUCAGAGUCAUCAAGCAGAAUAUCGGUUGAGCUUGGUGAGUUUAAAAAUUCGAGUAGAUCACUUAGAUAGAGAUUAAAAAGGGUGGGUGAUAACAUACAACCAUGCUUAACUCCAGUGUAACAAGGAAAAGCUUCGGUCACUUUGUUGUUGUUUUUGACUGCUGAUUUAUCUUUUGAGUACAUGGACAUUACUAUUUCUAAAAAACGCCCUUUAAUUCCUUCUUUUCUGAGUUUUUCGAAUAAUUUUUGCCUGGGUAUGCGAUCAAAAGCUUUUCUAAAAUCUNUAUAAACCACCUGUGAUAAUUUGUGUUUUGGGUGUUUGGUUAGAGUUAUCCAAAACUUAAAAUUCCUAUAUUGUGCUUCGAUUUUUAUUGGGAAUCUUCCUGUUUCAGCCCUACAUGCAUUGUUGUGUAUUUACAGUAUUUAUUUACACCUAGCAACCAUUUCAAGAAUUUAAUUUGAACUUUUUCUUUUUCUUUUUCUAUUUGGCCGUUACAGUCAACACCCCAAAUUUCACUUCCGUAGAGAAGUAUGGGGGAUAUCAGAGCAUCGAAUCGCUUAAUUGUCAGCAUAAUAUUUUCUCUAAAGUUGUCACCCAUCUCUUUUCUUAAUUUAUAAGGUGCCUUAAGCCCAACCUUUUUUAACUCUUUUCUAGCUAACCUAAAAUUUCCAUACGUGUUCAGUGUCAUUCCCAGAUAUUUAUAAGAUUUAACAUUGUUUAGUUUAUUUACUCCAUACUUAAAAGAGUAGUUAUUUAAGGAGUUACCACAAUUAUUGAAGAUCAUGACUUUUAUUUUGUCUAGAUUUACAGAUAGUUCAGUUUUCUCACGGUAGGAUUCUAACUUGUUGAGGAGUGUUUGCAGUCCAUUUGCUGACCGCGAAAAGAUCACUAAGUCAUCCGCAUAUAAUAAACAGUUUUUAGGUCUUUCAGAGUCAUCAAGCAGAAUAUCGGUUGAGCUUGGUGAGUUUAAAAAUUCGAGUAGAUCACUUAGAUAGAGAUUAAAAAGGGUGGGUGAUAACAUACAACCAUGCUUAACUCCAGUGUAACAAGGAAAAGCUUCGGUCACUUUGUUGUUGUUUUUGACUGCUGAUUUAUCUUUUGAGUACAUGGACAUUACUAUUUCUAAAAAACGCCCUUUAAUUCCUUCUUUUCUGAGUUUUUCGAAUAAUUUUUGCCUGGGUAUGCGAUCAAAAGCUUUUCUAAAAUCUACAAAACACGAGAAAAGCAAGUUUCUGCGUUUUUGUGGUUUAGAUUAAACAAACUUAUCUAUGAGUGUUUUUAAGAUGAAGAUGCUAUCUACUGUACCGUGCCUUUUUUUAAAGCCACCUUAUUCUGCUUUUAGAAUCCCUUUUUUGGUCAUGUAAUCAUACAACCGGUCAUUGAGGAUGGAUGUGAGGAGUUUACCUGAUGCAGAGAGCAACGUGAUGCUCGGUAGUUUUCAGCUUUUGAUCGAUCGUCCUUUUUAUGUAUAGGGACGAUGAGGCCAAAACUCCAGAGCGUACGAUAUUUACCUGAACUUAAAAUACGAUUGAAUAACUCUAGUAAAUGACCUUUUAUGAUAUCUUUCCCGGUUUUUAGCACUUCAUUUAAUAUUUUAUCACACCCUGGAGCUUCGUUUAAUUUCAGUUUUUUGAUUGCGAAAUCAAUUUCUUCUUCCGAUAUUGCAUAGUCUAGGUGGCCUGCCUCUUCCUCAAUAACUCCAGUAUCUUUUAGAACUGUCUGGUCGCCGUUCAUUGGAGCCGCGUUUUGUUGUUUGAAGUAUUCAUAAAACUGUUCCGUACUUACUGUUUCGGUUGCAUGUGGUUGCCGUUUUCUAAUAUUAGAGAUUUUACCUAUCUGUUUCCAGGUAUCUUGAGGAUUACGGAGGUCAAUAUCACCUAUACUCUUACUGACAAACUCUCGUUUUUUCCGUCUGCAUGUCCGUUUAAAUUUCUUCUUUUUGUCUUGUUAAAGGUGCCUCAGCUGGGAAUUAUUUGGCUCCUGAGAAAUUUGUUCCCCAAGGGAUUUCAAGUUUUCUUUUUCAGUUUCGCAUUCCAAAUCGAACCAGUUAUUUUGUGGUAUGGCUUUAGUUUUGUUACGUUGGACUCUCAAGCCGGCUUUUUUACAUGCUUCCACCAGAGUUUCACUAAACAAUUCAGCCGCAGUGUCAACAUUAUCGUUUCUUAAGGCCGCUUGUAGUUUAGACUGAACUAUUUGUGAUUCCAGACAUUAUUUUAACUUACACUUCAGUUUGGUAUCCCAUAAUAGUCUAUUAUGUUCUUACAAGGCACAUCCGUUCGAGCAGCUAGAAGAAACUGGGCUGCCAGCUAGAAUAGCUUUAAAAGCAUAAGUCACAUGACAGUGAUCUGACAAAUGUGGCAUUAGGGGGUUAACAAUUAACUAUCGCACAUUUUGAAGUAUAGCUUUAGAGCCUAUGACAUAAUCUCUGACACUGCUGCCGUUGUAGUGAAAGUAGGUCUUUUCACCUUCUAGGUCACCAACAGUCCUCCCGUUGAAAAUUCGCAAAUUUAAUGCGGUAGAUAUUUCCAAUAAGUUUCUGCCCCUGGAGUUUACUGUGCCGGAAUCCUGCGAAUGCCUAAAGAAUUGGGAAUCAAUUUCGUAAUCUUCAGGGACAUUUGUCGAAGUAUGGAAUCACCUAAUGAACGGGUUUCCAAGUCCCUACUAAAAUAGUGGUUGAAAAUGGGGGGACGCAGGGUGUGUGAGAGGGGAGAUUUUCAACCGUAAAUUGAAAAAAAAAUUAAAGUAUGGCUCAAACAUUAGUGGUUAGAUGUCGAGUUUGAGGUUAGAACCAGCAUCGCUCUUGAGAGACCAGCAAACUGUUAUGCAGUCACGUCAAACGCUAUUAUACAGUCCCAAAAUAAGAUACAAAUUUUACAGUGUAUGUGCACCUUUCUUUUUCUACAGGUAUUCGCCUUUUUGAUGACCAUGUCCUGUCUACCGAUGCCGGACGAGCAUCUGCCCUGUACCAUGAACACGACAAAAUUGACAUAUAUUCAAACAGUUGGGGACCUGGGGACACGGCUACGGAAGUUGAGGGCCCUGAAAUUCUUACGGGAAUAGCUAUCGAGCUUGGUAUAAAGCAGGUAAUACAUAGAUUUAGCCAAGGCCAAAAGCAAAGUUCUCGAGUGAUGCUUUAUAAAAUGUCUUUCUCAAUUCAUUCAACGUUUGCCGUAUACUGAAAGCAAAUUGAAUUCCGCGCGGGCGUGGAGCUCUGCUAUAAACAGUGCAAUGCGAUACUUAUUUAUUUGCUUGGAGUUAAUUGACCUAUUGGUCACCACCAUUAAGUAAGUCUACCCCUUCAAAAUUCUUUCUUUAAGAGGUGUAAUGGUGGGUAGCUAACCCGGAGGGGGGUACUCCCAUACAUUACCUAUACGGGUAUAUGCCGCCUAACGGGGUCGUGAUUUUGAAGCUCCUGAUUUAGAACGGGGUAUCCAUUUCAGAGGCGUUUCUAGAACGGGGUAUAAUAUUUCGAACGCACGAAAGCUCCAGUUUUGUAAGCAGCCAUUUGAAAUUAUGCAAGGACAGAUUGCUUUUAAAAAUACGGUUCAAUGCGUUAACAAGCAAAGUGUUGUACUCUUGUUGCACCCUAGAACGGAGUAUAAAAAAUUGGCCCAUUUCUAGAACGGGUUAUCAAUGUUAGGGGAAUUUUUUUUUAGAACGGGGUGCCAAUUUGGGGUCCCGGGCGGCACAUACCCACCCAAAAAAUACCUGAGUGCCCCCCCCCCCGGGGUAGCUAACCGGGCAGCUGGGCUCUAAUUGCUCAUGCGUGUGCACAAAGGGUAACGUCAUCCGUUGUCCCCCCCCCCCCGGGGUAGCUAACCGGGCAGCUGGGCUCUAAUUGCUCAUGCGUGUGCACAAAGGGUAACGUCAUCCGUUGGAUGUUUUCAGUAAAAGUCAUUGUGCAACUGAAAUAGAUUAUGCCUUGUUUGUAUUUCAGGGUCGUAGGGGCAAGGGUGCUAUCUACACCUUUGCAACUGGGAAUGGCGGCUUAAUUGGUGACAGCUGUGCCUAUAAUGGUUAUGUUAAUAGUAUUUUUACUAUUGCAAUCAGUGGUGUGAACCAGGAUAACUCUAGACCGUCCUAUGCGGAAGACUGUGCUGGUAUAAUGGCCUCUGCUUACAGUAGGGACACAGCGAAAGGAGUCGGGAAAGUUGUAAGUGAAGUGGUCAAAUCACUUGGAUAUGGUUUGCUGUUUGCACUUCUACCUCAAAACCGAACCCUCGCCAUACGGAGGACCCCUUUUAAAGUUAUUACAACCAUGUGCUUUUCGGGAACAAAAGUCUUUCCCUAUUCUACAAUUUCGUUAAUAUGAUAACGACCAGCUUUUUGAGUCCCCGAGCAGUCGUUGUCUUCUUCACAGUUUUGUUACUGUUAGUUCGACCAGUCGAAUGGAUGGUUGGAUUGCUUUGCAAGUGAGAAAAGCAAUCAAUGCGACAAACCGUGACGGUUUUUGUUGAAGGUUGUUCAAAGUGGAUAACUGAGCGUUCAAGUGAUCUGUGAUAUCUUGCAGAUUGAUAGGGCAAAAAAAGAAUAGUAUUUUAAGGUAUCUUGUUGCCUAUAAGGUAUAGCGAUAUGACUUUAACCCAUUAAUAUGACAAACGUUUUUACGGCCAGUGAUUCCACUAGGCCUUUCUUUCUUUUCUCCUGUCAAAAAGUUUUUAAAAGGCAUUUAAAGGAAAUGUGUAGAUUGUAGAUAAUACGUAUGAGUAGGUAUGCUCACCAACCCUUAAUUUCCGAUUCCGCGACUCGGCUGAGAACGGUUAUCGACUACAAUCCUUCAUUCGGCGUACAUUCCGUAAUGGUAGCUGUUUAGUUUUAACCCCGGGCAAAGCACUUCUCACACCUUAUAACUGGUGUAUUGGACGUAAGGAAAUGCAAUGAGCUCUAUAAUAUAUGGGCCAGUGGCCUGUUUCUCAAAAGUCCCGGUAGCUUUUCGGGCCCGGAAAGCUAUUUUGUGUUUGCCGUAUUUACAUUCAAAUUCAAAGUUUCAAUAAUUUUAACAAUGGUACAAUGAAAGUAUCAGCUAACGAAGCAAAAUUGGCUGGUUUGUGGGCUACGAACGGUGCUACUAUUCAACAGGUUUGGAUUUUAAAAUUUGCCUUCGGGCCCGAAAAGUUUCCGUGCUUUCGAGAGACAGGCCCCCUGGCCUGAGAGGGCACUCCAGGGAGGUCUGGGUAGAGGUGUACCACCGACUCCUUUAAACUCUGAGCCUGUAUCACAAAAGUAGAUCGCUCGUCGCGAAACUUCAUACUUUUUUAAAGGCUUCCGGUCUUAAAAGACACCCCGUUCAAGACGCUAAUAGUGAAAGACUCAAGACCCGAAAACCAUAACUUGUUCAGCGGCACAUGCCCGUUUAGACCAAAUAAGGGAGUGCACCCUUGGAGACUAGGCGGUUUUCUUGUGGAGAUAUUAUUCAGGUGGUUUUCUUGUGUAUAUUAUUCAGGCAACAGUCUAGAGAUAUUUUUGUAUACUAAAUUACUAUCCUAUUCCGCAGAUUUCUGCUGAUCAGAAAUCAGGAUGCAUUGAAAACUUCGAAGCAACAUCAGCAGCUACAGCGAUGGCUUCAGGUCUUAUUGCGUUGACACUAGAAGCAAAGUAAGUCUUAAUGCUUUGAAUGUUAUUUGAUCUUCUGUCGUGUAACCAUAUAGGCUCAGAAUGAGGAAAGAGGAUCAACCAGGACCCCAGGGUAUACUCCCUAUAAGGGCCUAUACGAAGAGGCUUGGCCUGAAAGGGGUACCUUCAGGCUUUAGGCUUUAGGUAUAUUAAAGGGUAGGGAUUUCAUUAUUUGAAGUAUGUAAAAGGGUAGGAACAGGGGGAGGAGGGGAGACGGGGUAUGGGACUGAGAAACGAUGUUCUCACAACUUGCAAAGCGGUCACUUCGUGUGGUGGUCAGCGGAUAAUAAUAUUGUAGUUUGUUUCCCACAGUAAAUAUUUUAGAAGCGAGAAGCGAAGCGGCAGAGGAAAUUAUUCAAUAAUUAUAAAAAUAAUAUCAUGCCUCUUUGCUUUUUUCGCAUAUCGUAUUAGUCCUUUGGUAAUGAACUUGCAAAACGCAAGCGGCAGUCACUGCAACCGUGUAAAUUCUUAAACCGACAAUAACCCGCGCUGGAGACUACCUUGAUCGAGUUUAUAGGUUAACAUCGUUUUGCCGCGCGAGGACAUCGAAAGUUUAAAGAAGUUAUGAUGCUGAUAAAAGUUACUGGGGAAAAACAGAUAAACAGAUUCUCACUUCAUAACAACAGUGAUAACAUUACACUUCGUUUAUUACGAUCAAUCAACACCUUGAAUUCAAAGUUAAAAGUCAAAGCGAUCCUAAUAAACAAAUGACAACUAUAGGUGAAAGCUCGGUUCCUUGAAUCGACCUUAACUUUCCUUAGGUUUGGAGCGAAACACUACUCGAUAGCUCAACUCUUCGGUGGUUCUUAUAAGCCAUAUGUUGCACAUUUUAAACUCUGCGAAUUAAAACAAAGAGCAAACCUUCUCAAAAACCGUUGAUCUUUGGUUUUUGGGUAAUGCGCUUUGCAAGUUGUGACAACAUCGUUUGGAUUUCAUUGAAGAGAAUGUAUGGGAAGUAGCUCUCCCCCCCCCAACCCCCUCCCCCCGCCCCGGGUAGUAGGAGAAUCUGUCAUUUCGGUCUGUAAAAAGAUCCGAAAGGGCUUACAGAUGCAUUUUAUGGCUGUGAAAUAGUCGAGAAUUCGUCCGUUUUUUUUUGUGAUUUAUUCACCUUUUAAAGACAGUGCAUUUACAGCAGCUAAAAGGGAUGCAAAAGUCUAAACUAGGUAUGUGGAAGGGGUACCAUUUGUCAAUAGAAGGUAUACGAAGAUACUCUUUCUGUCGUACUACGGGGUUGGUCUCUGGGGCGGAGCCUCCCACCAUAAAACUUUGUCGAGUACCUACCCCCGGCCGGGACCCACCCUUCCAUUAGACUGACGUUGCCCUUAUGUACUCCUUAACAUGAAAUGUGGUGUUUAAGAUUUAAAUGACCCUGGCGUAGGUUGUACAUGUAGGCUAUUGCUACUGUAGGUUUAUAUAUCAUUGCAGUUUUGUUUUCUAAGAAAACCACAAUCUUAUGUGCAAUUGUAGUUACUGUCACGUAUCACCCUCGUGAAAUAAUGAAAUGAAAUGAUGAAAUAAUGUAUUACACCGCGCGUUAGCGAGAUUCCAGCGCAAAAAAAUGCCUAAAAUAUCCCCCACUAUACUACUUACUUACUUACUCUCCGGAGGAAAGGACGCCCGUGCAACAACACGUCCCUUGGGACUGACGGGUGUGAUUUGAUGUGCUGUAAAGGUAAUAGGGACCUUAAGAUACCCUGGACGCGGCGGUAAAGAGAACGGAGAAAGCCUGGAGCGAGGACGGCGCCACCUCCGCGGGAAAAACAAAUUAAGAUUGAGCAGGUUGGGUUGAGUGCGGCUCGCCUGACGAGAGAGGAUAUUUUAAAGUAAUGCUUUGGUGUUUUAAUUCCAUGAUGUCUUUUAGAAAAACUCGUGAAGUCUUGCUUGAUUGAUACCUUAACGAUCUUUUAUUGGAAGAAAAAUUUGUGCUGCCAGCUAUGACUCCGGUUCCUCUAAAAAAAACAAAUUUCUUCAAGGGAAACUUGAGGGUAUGAUCGGAGUUCAGGUUAUCAGCUAUUUGUUGCCAGACUUUUUCGCUUUCCGUUGUUCUAGAUCCUGCUUUAAAACGAUAUGGUUCUGCUAUGAGAAGUUCCCGUACUAAGGCGAGAUUUUGAUCUUCAGACCGCUCCAUCGCUAAACUGAAAAUGAACAAAAUAAAAUUAUAAAAGUUAAUAAAUGAACCAUGGCGUCUUGUUCAAGAUCUCAAUUUUCUCCGACAUGUUCAAGUUUAUUACAAGCCUAGAUUUUGUUUUCCAACAAUUUUUAUUCGACUUCUCGACUCUUAAAUUUUUCAAAUACUAUACUAAAGCGAGAACGUUGUCCCCUUAAAAACACACAGUUAUAGUGUUACAUUUGUGUCGAAAGACUAAGCGCUUUCAUUCUCAGUUGCCGCCAAAACACUGAACCCAAAAGGCUUGAUAGCAAAAAAAUAAGAGUCAAUCUUGAGAGAACACCACACUAAAAACACUUAAAUGUGUCUCUACGAAAAGCAAUUUCUCCACUGAAAACACGAAAACCAACUCACCGUUUUACGAGGCGGCCAAACUUCUAGUUUUCACCGUCGCGACUUCAGGUCGACGCUUUGGCAUUAUGCUAAUUAGUUCCAAGAAUUGAACAUUUCACUUCCGGCUGACGUCCUCCUCGACCGCGUCCAGAGUAUCUUAAGGUCCCUAAUGUUACACGGGACGAUUUGCAACGACGAUUUUUAACGAAACACAGCGUUGCAAUGUUGGAACAAUGUUGUGACCAUUCGUCGCAACAAUGUUACAACGUUUUGUUGCACUAAAAGUCGUCGUUGCGAAUCGUCCAGUGUAACAUCGCCUUAUCAGAAGGUAUACUUACUUACUUACUCAUUUACUAACUACCCUGUAUUACUUAAUCACUUACUUGCCGUCUACCUGCCUGUUAAUGUAUUGCACCACACGCUAAUGAGAUAUUCUACUAUAUACUACUCACUUACUAAUUUACUUAUUUACUAACUACUCUGUAUUACGCACUUACUUACGUGCUGUCUACUUGCCUGCUUGCUCCUUAGUUCCUUCCUUACUAUUUAAACUAUAAUUUUUUACUUUUAAGCCCCUCCCUUACAUGGCGUGACGUACAACACAUUAUAGUAAGAAGUGCGAGACACGCACCAGAAGGAGUUUCACUCACCGAUGGAUUCUGGGAAACGAACAAGGCUGGUUUAUCUGUCAGUAGGUAUUUUGGCUUUGGCUUUAUGGAUGGUGGCUUGAUGGUGCACUUAGCAAAACAGUGGAAUACAGUGCCUUCACAGCUGAGAUGUGAGAUUAAGGGCGGGAAUGAAAACAGGUUUGAACCUUUUUAUUUUGUUCGUUGUUGUUGCUGAUGAACAAUAACUACAGAAAAAUAUCUCUCUAACGAUUUUUGUUUUGUUAAGUUCUCUAGGACCCAUAAAAUGUCUGCCUUUUUCACGAGAAUCGGUACUCAAAUUUGGAGCUCUAUUCCUUAUUCAAUUAUAACACUCAAGCGAUCGUCUUUCUUUUUGGGAAAAAGAUAAAGGAUUUAUUACUAAAUUUCUUGUGGUCAGAAGACGGUAAUAGUUGAAGUCCCCCGCCUUAUAAAGUUGUUUUACACGUUAUCUUAGUCCCUCUUCGUAAUUGUUAUUUACUUACAGCGUUUUAUGUUAGUUUAUUCUGCUGAUUGUAUUGUAAAGUCUUGUCGUUGUUUAGGCCAUCUAUUGUAACCUUGUAUUGUAGCUGUGACUUUCCUCUUCCCCUUUACUGUUGUUGUUGUUGUUGUUGUUGUUUAGGGGGCUCUUUCGUUGUUGCAUUUGUCGAUUCUCGUGUUCAAAGCUUUAACAAUUCAGACAGCAAACAUGGAAAGCGGAACUACAAACAGAGCAAAAAUGUCGAAUAAACAGUGCAUAAAAGCAAGAUUGCAGUACUUAUAACGUAGGUUAAGCUGCUAGAGUGACAUUAAGAGCCGCCAUUUUGUGCUACUCAAGCGGUUUUUCCCGGUUGAUUGCCUUGAUUCUCUCUUAAGACAUUUUCUCUAAAUAGUAAACUUCAACUUUUCUAGCCAGUACUCAUAAGAGCGCAAGUUUAAAGGAAAAUGGUUUAAAGUCACUGCUUCUGCUCAUUCACAAACAACAAACAACUUGUGAAUAAAGCAGUAAACGAUUUCGCCCGGGUUAUCGAGAAAGAUUGUAAAAAAAGUGCCCGCUCCUAGAACCAAUCAGAUUGCAGGAUGGCAGGAGUUUGAGAAUAGACCUUUUUAGCUUGUAUGUUUUGUUUUCCCAUUGAAGACCACGUUAUGGUACCCCACGGAACUGUUUCUUUCAAUUGUCGUCUUAUGCACAUGCAUCCACGUGCAUAUGUAUAUGCAUAAUUAAUGAAAAGACAAAAGUCAAAUUCCCAAGAGAAAAUCACGUGGUCUGAAUUGGGAAAAUAAAACAUACAAGCUAAAAAGGUCUAUUCCACCCGCUCGCAAAGUGAGGAAAAAAUAAAAAUGAUACCGUACAGCAUUAUAUCGUCACUGUAUCCGACAGCGAUGGUAUAAAAACAACAACUGGCUUCAAUAGUUUGUUGUUUGUUAGUAAAUUCAAUUUACCACCGUUAAAAAAAGAUAAAUCCGUCAACUUUCCUUUCCCUUUCCAGUUGACUUUGUCCUUCAUGCAACUUGUUUCAAACUUAACCAUUUUCACGGCUAGUAAACACGUCGUUGGUAGGUACGAAAAUCGGUAUAUUUUUAAAAGGAAUAAAAGACUUAACAAUUAAAAAAUUACUCGCCUGCCCCCAAAAUACUUUAUUAAUCUUAACUCUUCCACAACCAGGCCACGUCAUACUAGGGUUAAAAUUUUUGGAGGAAAUCUUAUGGCUUCGCGGCUCGGUAAAUUUUACCACUAUCCACCUCCACCUCCACCUCGGUAAAUAAUUGUUAUCUAACACCCCUUUUUGACAGAGUGAUACCUUCAGAGGUUACGGAGACAGUUGGUAAUUGCACCAUUAAAUUUCUGGAGCACGUUCAAGUGAGGGUAAAUCUAGUUUUUGAGCGUCGUGGAGACCUGUAUUUGGAGCUGAUUGCGCGUAGUGGAACCAUAUCUCCAUUGACUCGUCAGAGGAGAGUGGACAAUAUAUAUGGAGACAAAAACCUGACAAACUGGUAUAUCACUACCUUAUUCAGUUGGGGAGAAGAUCCUAAAGGACAGUGGAAGCUCAGAAUUGAAAAUUUGGACCCAAAUUACACAACAGCCGGUGAGUGACUUUUAACGUUUUAAGGUAAUGUUAAUUGUUUACGCCUGCGUAGUGCCAGGGACGACCAAAUGACACCACAAGGGUGCAAAUGAACAACAUAGCGGAAAACUUUCACAGCGUUCAAUCUAGAAAUUAGUCAAAGUGGGUCAUGUGUCCCACAUGGCAUUUUAAAUUGGUUCAUUUAAAAAUGGUCCGGGUCAAACUAUGAUAUUGAAACUUUGAACAACUGACAUCACCGAAACGCACAGCUAUACCACUGUUAUUUUUUGGGUUUGAGGCAGUUGGCUCUUGAAGUUCUGGAGGUUAACUUGUCAAGCAUACUUUUCCAGCAUCAACAUCCUUAUGAAACCCUUCCCCAUACUUUUCAGUACUUACACAUAAGGUAACUUUAAGGGGGGAUCAGUAUUACUAGAAUGCUUCUGGUAUUACUCCACGAUAAUUUCAUUUUGAGUCAGAAGAGAAUAUUCCGCGUUAAUGAAGCAAAUGAACACUGACAGCAACUGUGCCAUUUUACUAUGAUAACUGUGAACAUAAAAGGCCAAAAAAAAAAAAAUCAGUCUUGGAAAAUUAUCGACAGUAUUAGCUACAUAUUUGUUUAGUUUGUACUCAGUCACAUACAAACUCCUCGAUCCGCGGAAUUCUUCAUAUCCUACUCAGCUCUUUUAAUAACUGCUAAAUAAUGCAUACUUAUCAAGGAUAACUGUGUCAGUUGUAGAGAAAAGUGCUAUCAAUAUAAGUCCUGCUGUUUAAAAAUUACAAAGAAUAAAAGACUGACAAUAAUGCUAUUAGCAGGAUAGUAGUAGUAAAAACGCUACCUUAAGACCUGGCUUUCAAUCCAAACUGGUAAUGUUGUCAUUGUUAGAUUAGUAGCCCCGCCAUGGUAAAGGAAUAAACUAUAUCCGAUACAACGCCCAGAUAUUUAAAUGCAUUCGUGCUCUUAAUAGAUUGACAUCGAAAGUGUCACUUUUCUACGAAGCAAGACGUUUGCCGCCCACCGAAAACCAUUCAUUUUGUCUUCUUUACGUUCCGUAUAACUAGAUUAUAUAGCGAGUUGGAAUCUCGAUACUUCGAAAUUUCUGGGGAAAUUGAAUGUUGGCUUGAAUAAUCCAGAGGUUCUAAACCUCGGAUGGAAGGUGGGAACAAACCGCAGUGGAGUGGAGAAACAUCCUACAAUAUUUUUAGGUGUUUUCUUCAUUAUCAGGAGUUUCCUUUCUAGGAGAAUUUCGCUUGUGUUAAAACCAGUUAGCUAAAUCUUGAUUUAAGUGGAUCGUGAAACUGUUGUUUAUGAAUAAGAGUUUCUUCCAGUGACCUCAUUUGAUAUUUUUCUGACCACCUUCUUGUUUUAAAUUGUUUGUUCAAGGUCUUCUUUACAGCUGGUCGCUAAUUCUGUACGGAACAGAGAAGGAUCCCCUAUCAAAGAACCUACAUGUUUCGACGAUUUCUACAAAGGUUAAACCUGCAACAUAUUCAACAACUUCGCCUUCUUCAAGAAAACCUAAAAGCCACACCUCAGAAAGACCUGCUACAACAACACAGCCAACUUCAAAACCUGGUAGGCCAAACUUAUUGCCAUUUUCUAUUUGGAACAUGACCAAGUCCAUCGAUACUACAAUAAAGUCAAGAAAAAAAAAUGUUUUAAAACACAGUCCGUUACAUUUUUUAACCAACGACAGACGGCUUAGCGCUGACAACUUAUGCCCGGUUUACACUACAGAAAAUUUUUGGCACUGCUCGGGUGAAAAUGGCACGGGCUCCCCCAAAAAGGGUUCGGCUCGGAUAAAAUUGGCAGUGUAAACAACCUGUCCGUACCAAAUUUCAUCUUUGCCGAACCAAAAUUUUUACCCGUGCUGGGACCUUCGGCGAGGUACUCCGAGUACGUGUGAAAAUGUUCGGGUGCUGAAAAAAUCGGCACGGUUCGGAUAGAACAAAUAGUGAAAACACUUUGACGGGCCAAAUUUGUGCCUUAAUUCAUAUAGGCUAGCAGUUUUCUUGCGUAUAUUUCAAGAUGGCUCAGUGCUCGUUCUCCACCAAAAUCACGCGGACGUUCUUGGAAAGAACUUGGAAAGAACGCGACGUAAAAGAAUUACUUACAAUUAUGAAAGAAGCGACCAAACGUUCCUAUCGAUGGGUGGAUUUGUCAACAUUAUAACCACAAGAAAUAUAAAAAGUUUCCUUAAUUCCUUUCAUUUUUAAAAUAAAAGGAUUCUUGCCGGCAAAUUCUUGCCAACUUGGGUGUCCACAGUUGAGCUUUGAACUGUCUCUCUUCAGAGAUACAGCACGAAGGUUUCGUCGUCCAUCUUUGCUUCUAAUUGAACUGCGCAUGUCUCCAAGGGAACUUACGCGGGCCCAAAAAUUUUGGCACGGUAUUUUUGGUACGGUAAAAAUGGUGUAGUGUAAACAAAGUUUGCAGAGCUCUUUUUUAGCACCCGUGCCAUCCAAUUUCACCCGAGCCGUGCCAAAAAUGUUCUGUUGUGUAAACCGGGCUUAAGUUAUGGGGAGUUUUGCUCAGCACGAAAGAAGCGGCAUUACGUUGGGAAAUGUGUAGCACCCCCUAAAGGCUUCCAUUCAAGUAAAAGAUUCCGUAUUGUCCUGCGACUGUUCAGUAAAAGACAGCAAAUGACGUCAAAGUGUGGUGAUCGGCCUGUGUCAUUGAUGUUCUUACCUCAUUUUGACGCCAUUUUCUCUGAUCUAUGACUGAACGAAAACAUCGCAUGAUUUUUUCUUUUCUUUCUGCAAUGAACAGAAAAGUAGAGCUCGAUUUGUUGCAGUUGGUCGACGGAUGUUUUGAAGUCGCCAAAAGCAAAUUUCGUGGCGGCCUCUGCUCGUUUAAUUCAGUAAAAAUAAUGAGUAAUGCAAACAUCUUGUAAACUGUACGCCACUUUGGAAAAAGCAGAGAAUACAAUUUUUCUGUUAAGUCAUUCGUGUGUAUUUACUCUGACAGGUCAUGAGUAACGACCAAUGAUGGCGCGCGUAGUAUUCAGCAAAAAGUCAAUGGUGCAAAAGAGUUUCUUUACAGUUUGGAGACUGUGUUGUCAUGAACGCGCACCUUAUGGUGUGUGCAAAUCAUCUUUUCCACAUUACUACUGUUGUCGAAUAACGUUGUCGUUGAAUCGGUCGCUUUGCGUCUCAAGGUGAUGUUGUUAUCCUGAAUGUCUUUUGCACAGUUGCUGGCAAUACUUUAGACACCGCUAUGAAAGUCAUUCAUCUUGUUUAACUGUAUCUUUGUUUUGUGUGUGUUUUUUUUUUCGUAGACUAUCCUACGCCGCUUCGUGUCAUCACUGGUGUUAUCUUCUCCCUAGGUUUUGUUGCUGUGCUUGUGAUGUGUAAAGUGAAAAGAGCCAAAUGGACCCCAAAGGCCAAAUCGGCCCCAGUUUCUCUAGAACGAGUUUGGAACACGCUGGGCCGUUUUGGACAGAAAGAACAACAACAACAACACUUUAUUCACAUUUCCAUUACAGGGUUUGUCAAACUUAUUGAAUAAUUAGUAACUUAACACGUAGAAUAUUCAAUUACAAUUUAAACUAAAUAUUAUUACAUAGAAGGAAAUGCCUAGCGGCUAGAUAACCGUAAGGUUUUCGAGCUUGCAACUAGUUCUUUGAAAGUAGUGUCGAAUGUACAGGACAUCACAAUAACUAGACAUACAAAACAUCUUAAGACACGCACCAUAAAAAAAAAAAGAAGAAAGCACAUAGAUGGCAAAAAAAAGAAGAGAAAACAGUCAUCAUAGUACAUGACAAUAUGAUUAAAAUAAAAUAAUUUCAUUAAGAAAAAAGAGAAAAGAAAAGAGUCAGAACAGUUCAAGAUGGAACCAAAUGGGCCCAUCUAAUUUCUGAAUUGUCUACACUAAAAGCUAUUUUGGCACUUUGCAGUUUCACGUUGCCGAGAUUUCAAAUUUUAGCAAGGCGUUCAGUUCAGUUCA